AUGGGUGGCACUGUAGCUCUCUGUUCUGUCAAUAUUAGUAUUUUUUUGGAGAGCUACAGUUCUGCAGCUAAACCUGACCUAAACCUGAGUGUUUUGUUUUUUCCAGACACAUAUCCCAAAAUCUAUGGCCCCAAGAAGAUAAACAGGUCCCCAACAGCUUUGUUAGAAGCUCUGGAAGAAAGUGUUGGCCAUGAAUGUCGAAGUUAUGGGAAGUUUUCCAUUGAUGACCCAGCCUGUUACCAUCGCCAGUUUAAUAAGGCAGAAAUGAUGCUUUCUACAGCAUCAGGGAGGAAAGCGGCCAGAAUGAUGAUGAGUAUGUACCCCCAGGUGUUUGAGGGGACACCUGCUCACAUACCUGUGGAACCCCCAACUAAG